CUAUUAUUCAAUCACAGUAAAACUUCUGUCAGUAUCAACGAAUUUUCUAAAAAGAUGAACCGAUUUGUCCUCCUCUUUCUUGCCAUUCUUCAGUUGACGAGUGCCUUCGUGCCAGUGUCGAAUUUCGGAGCUCGCUCUGUCGCUCUUUUCGCCGGUGAAGGUGAUCAGGAAGGUGGUGCCGCGAUCGCGAAGCCAAAGAUCAAAACGGAUCAGAAGACAAAAACCGUGCAAAAACAAAAAUCUAAACAAUCGCAGGAAGCAAAAACUCACGAUCCAAUUUCUCGACGGGAAGAAAUUUUCGAGGAGGCUCCCAUGUACAAACUAAUGUUGUUGGGUGACGAUUCUUACGAUGUCGAACACGUUGUGGAGAGACUGUGUGCCAUCGUCGAUGAUAUGGACGAAGAUCAAGCCCAGAGUGUCCUUUUAAUGGCAGGUCCAUCCGGGGAAGCAAUGUGUGGAAAAUAUCCCAUGGAAAAGGCAGAACUCUAUAAGGAACAAUUGAUUCGGUCGGAUCCAAUGAUUUACUCCGAUAUUAGAAACGAGAACGAGUAAUUUUUUUCUUCAGAACUUGAACAGGGCAGGAACCUAAUUGAUUUGCGAUGCAUAUCAGAUUUUUUCUGCGAGACUUUUUUCUUUGGGCUUUGCAACAAGUCCAAACGUAAUAGCUUAGCAUAGCUAGGACUUCCCACAGUUGACCUCUCUAGGAAGAAUAAAUCAUUCUUGGCAAGGAGUUUUUAAUGAUCAAAUAGCAUCUGAAUGUUGAACGACGAUAUCAUUGAUUUUUAAAUCAUAUUUAGGAAAAAAUCGUGUCAUGGAAACUUUCCCUUUAGUUUAAGCUAUUUCUCUGUCUCCUCACUGGUUUGCCAGGCCGUCGGAGAGCGUUCGUUGACGGUUUGCGUUUGAUAAUUUCCAUGUCGUUCUCGUUGUUCUGUUGCAUCCAAUCUUUCCCAUUCGCAUUAUCUCUUACAUCGUUGGAUUCGAUUGUAGAAGUCGAGCUCAAAAGACCAACCAUUUCUGUUUCUAGUUCUAACGCGCCUUCGGUUGAUGAUUUGGGCGACAAUCCAAGAGCUUCCAUCAUGUAAUAAGUACCACCGCCCAAGACGAAGACUGUAAAAAUGAUGCACGCCGAUGUCAUUGCCUUGAGUUCCGAUUUGAGUCGCGUUCCCUCCCCCGAAACGGCAUCGUAUUGCGGGAUGUGCUCAACAAGGGCGAAAGACAUGGCCCCUCGCAACCCGGCAAACCAUAAAACCAAUUGCAUUUUUGAAUCAAUGAUGACACCCGCUGCUUGAUUAGGUCGAUUUGAUGGUGUAUCUAUUUGAUGGGAUUGCUGAGGAAUUUCCUUCACCAAACAGACUUCUCCGGAUUGUUGAAGCUUUGUGAUCCAAUUUGCAGUAAAACUUAGAGAUGGGAUCAUUAUUGCUCGGCUUAGACUGCAACCCAAAAUUGAAAUAAAGACAUGGUUGAAAUUCCAAUGAUACCGUGAACUAAACAAGAAAAGUCCGAGAUAGGCAAAGAUUGCGGUCUCCAUCAUGGUGGCAAUAAUUUCCGUGACGAACGUAAUGUGCGUUUUCGCUUUAUUCGACAAGAGCCCUUCUUUCGAGAAUAUUGGACGGCGCACUCUAGCCUGCCGUCUCCGUUCCUUUCCUUUAUCUGAGUCACUUAAAUCAUUUGAAUCUGUCUCAUCGUUUACCGUGUCCUUGAGCUUUUCUGUCCCCACUACAUACAUGUCCAUGAUAAAACCAGCUGCCACCACUGCCACAAUUCCCGACCAUUCGAUUCCAUCGCAAACAUAAUAUGGUAAAAGUGCCCAGCAACAGAACAUGAGAACCUCCACAAGAGGUGUUUGGCAACCAAACAUGAUCCAAUAGUAGAGUGUGCAGCAUAGACCAUAUCCUAUCCCAACCAAUAGCGAGCCAAUGAAGACCACUAAAAAAUGGAUAGUUGC